AAUUUUACCGAACCCGUCUCGUUUGCAUAUCCGUCCGAUCCAUUAAUUCUAUUUUCUCUUUUCUAUGUCCUCGCCGCUACUUGGAUUUGGAAGAUAAAUUCGAGAUAAAUGUCACUGUAAAGGGAGGUCUUCUCGUUAGAUUUCGUUAUCGUGGAUACAUCAUUGACGGUAUCAAGAAACUGCAACAAAAACACAGAAACAAAAUUUAUAGUUUCCUAGAAGAAACCACUCGAGAAAGAGAGACAGAACAAAUCUGCAAUGCCAAGACCAGGAUGAGAAACCGGCAAGAAGAAGAAUAAGUCACGGAGACACGGCUAACGUCAUCCCGGUUUUAGUGGGAAGAGAUCAUCACAAAGAUCUCGAAUCAUUACCUGAUAAUUGCCAUCGAUGAGUUAUAUUUUUUGCUUCUGCAAAGAUGCUGGAGUACUGGUGGAUGGCGAACAACGAAACUGGCCGCAACCACAGCGACGAGGCGACGAUUGAGGAGAUGCUGCAGGAUCCAGGGUCGGUGAUCCUCUUCGUUGAUUAUUCACGAUGGCUGCUGUGCUUCGCCGCUGCUUGCUGCAUCCUCUUCAUGCUGGUCGGCAUUCCGGGAAAUCUUAUCACGGUGAUCGCAUUAUUUCGUACCAAAAAGUUGAGGAAUGCCACCGCAGUCUUCAUCAUGAAUCUGUCGAUAUCAGACUUGAUGUUCUGCUGCUUCAAUCUACCACUCGCGACUUCAACGUUCUGGCACAGAUCAUGGCUACACGGACCACUCCUGUGUCGGCUGUUUCCGCUCUUGAGAUACGGCCUCGUUGCAGUUAGCCUCUUCAGCGUUCUCGCGAUCACGAUCAAUCGCUACGUCAUGAUCGGUCAUCCCGGCCUUUAUCCCACAUUGUACAAAACGAGAUACCUAAUACCGAUGGUCCUGGCGAUAUGGAUCAUCGCUUUCGGCCUAUUGAUCGUUACGUGGUUCGAACGAUUUGGACGUUUCGGAUUGGAUCCUGUUGUCGGAUCCUGUUCGAUCCUACCGGAUGUGAACGGGCGCAGUCCAAAGGAAUUUCUCUUCGUUCUCGCGUUUUUAAUACCCUGCCUCGCCAUUAUCGUUUGCUACGCCAGAAUUUUCUACAUUGUCCGCGAAACUGCUUCGAAGAGUAGAGGCAGAGACAAGAUCUUCAACAUAGAACCUGCGGAAAUCAGCAAUGAUCAACCGUCCACAAGAAAUCAAGAACGAGAACUCUCUGUCUUCUCUGCUCCUUCCUCAUCGAUGCAAAUGGGUCUUCUUAAUCCAGACGAAGGAAUGGAUCUCGAACUACCGUCCACAUCCGCUAACGAAGACUCAUGGUCUAAGCAGUCGAUCCAAGAUCAACAAGAAACGAAUUUCACGACAAGAUUGCAAAUAGACGACCCAACAACAAAUCUCGACAUUCGCUCUAAUUCAAACGUCGACAGUGGUUGCGACGUUCCUCAUAUCAGCCUAUCGGAGGAUUUCUCAUUUGUGGAUGAUUGUGAGAUCGAGAAAACGGACUUCGCGGAAACGGGACUCUUUCUGAACAGGGAUCAGCGCGAGCCGCAGCGGAAAUUGUCAGAAAAUUCCUGCGACCGAUCGGCAAAGUCGACCGAUCGAGCGUCCCUCGUGAUGGGAUCGCAAGGAUCAUUGCAGAGGCUCCCUGGUGAACGCUCGGAUCGAUCGAAUUCGAAAUCGCCAGAGCGAUCCUGCGCGAGGAGAGCAUUUCGCAGACAGUCGAAAUUCAAGAGCAUCGGAAACGUGCGCAAUGGCGGCGAUUAUUCCGCGCCUAGGAUGUCUGCCAAAGACCGGAAGUUGCUGCAGAUGAUUCUCGUGAUAUUCGCAUCGUUUCUGGUGUGCUAUCUGCCGAUUACCGUCACGAAGCUUUUUCAAAAUACGGUUAACUGGCGGGGUUUCAAUAUCGCCGGCUACAUACUCAUCUAUCUGACAACCUGCAUCAAUCCCGUCAUCUACGUCGUGAUGAGCUCUGAAUACAGGAGCGCGUACAAAUACGUGCUAUUGUGUAAGAGAGAGCAAGGAACGAACAAAAGAAGAUUGCCUGGUUAGGGCAAUAACCAGUUGAAAACCGGUCUAAAUAAAUAAUUAUAUGGAGCAGUUUUGCUGAAGUAUUUAAAAAUUUCAUCGAAUCCAGAUCUGAAAAUAAUUUUCUUGGAUCAUCAAAAUAGUUGUAACAUUCAAAUUGGUUGCUAGACUAUAAAAAAAUUAUUAUCAUCAUAUUCUUCUUUUCUUCUCUUCUUCAAAGAAGAAGAUCAUAUUUAAGCGUUCUA